CAGUCAGACCCGGAGCCGGCCUCUUGGUGCUGCCAGGCGGUGGCUCACACCAUCCUCAGGCCGGCCUCUCCCUCUCCCUCCUUCCUCCAGCCCCCGCCAUGCUCAGGCGGAUUUUACAGAGGACGCCUCUCGGCUCUGCGGGUUCUGACCCGGACACCCCGGUAACAACAGCUCCUGCUGUGGAAGUCAAUGAUGAAAGUGGUUCUGAGGGGUUCAUCUGUCCAAUCUGUAUGCAAUCGUUUCUAACACCAACUGAGCUGUUUGAGCAUGACCGGAACGAGCACACUGUGGCAGACAGGAGCCAGCUUAAUCCAGAAGUGGCCAUUAGUGGUUUCAUUUGCCCACAGUGUAUGAAGUCUCAUGAUUCAGCAGAAGAUCUCUUCAAACACUAUGAUGCAUUUCAUGAACCGGGAAAUGAUUCUGGCCCCAGAGAAGAAAUGGCUUCGAGGAGAGACGACCUCGCACUCCAUCAACAAGAGGUGCAAGAUCUGCAGGCCUCCUUAAAGGAGGAGCGCUGGUUCUCGCAAGAGUUGAAGAAGGAACUGGAAAAAGUGCAAGGACAACUGAAGCAAGCAUCCCUGUCCGGUGGAGUGAUACCCCCUUUUCCCCCAGAGCUAACAGAUCUCCAGAGCCAAUUGGAAGAUGCACAGGUAGAAAAUAUGAAGAUUAAGCAGAUGAAUGAGUUGUUGGAACAGAAAGCUGCCACAUUAGCAACUGAAUUAGUAGAUAUUAAGGCAAAAUUUGACGAUGAAAAAAGCCACAAGGACCUUGCAGAGAUGAGACUGAAAACCUUAGUGGAAGAGCUGGGAAGGGAAAGGACCAUGACUGAAGAACUCCAAAAUGAAUUGUUUCAGCGGCCUGGACUGGAGGACGUGGCGGUACUGAAGAAGGAAUUGGUGCAGGUUCAGACACUGAUGGAUCAGAUGAGUCUUGAGCAGGAGAGACGAUCAGAUAAACUGACAGAUGAAAAUGCGCAGCUGAAGGUGCAACGUAACACGGCGGAGGCGUCUAUGUCUGAGCUGAGGGCGGAGCUUGCUAAAAUUCAACAGGAGAAAGCUGCGCAAUGUGAGGAGGUGCGGAAGGUCCAGCAGGAAUGUGAGGAAAUAAAGCAGCAAAACCAGAAACUGUCAGAAAAUCUAUCCAAGAAAGGGGUUGAGUUCCAGCAACUGCAUGAUCGUCUAAAUGAAGCAUCUUUAAGUAAGAAGAGUUUGGAGACCAGCCUGCAGGAGAAGGAGCUGGAUUCCAAGCAGCUGCAGGCGAAGCUGUUGGCUGCUGAGACACUGAUGCAAAGAGCGCACACGGAGUUGGGUCAGAGCGGGGAGACGAGCCAGAAACUGAGGGGAGAACUAUCGGAGGUGGAAACCAAGUACCAGCAGCUGCGGGCCGAGUUCAAACAAAUGCAGCAACAGAGAGAAGAGAAGGAGCAGCAGAAGAUCCAGCUGCAGAAUGAGAUGAAUCAGCUCCACGCGAAGCUUCUGGAGACUGAGAGGCAGCUUGGUGAGGUACAGGGCCGGCUGAAGGAACAGAGGCAGCUGUCGGGUGAGAAGCUGAAGGACAAGGAACAGCAAGUAGCUGACCUGCAGCUCAAACUCUCCCGCACUGAGGAACAGGUAAAGGAAAGUACAGCUGCUACAACUGAAGCACAGCAUCAGUUGGACAAACUACGACAGCAGCAGCAGGAAUUGCAGACUGGUCAGCAGAACACCACAUCCCAGCUGAGGGAAACACAGAAUGACCUGGAGCAAGUGCUGCGCCAGAUUGGGGACAAGGACCAGAAGAUCCAGAACCUGGAGGCUCUGCUGCAGAAGAGCAAAGACAGCAUGGUGCAACUGGAAACUGAGCGGCAGGAGCUUGUUGCUAAAAUUCAAGAUGGCAAGGGCGAGGUAGCCAUUUUGAAUCAACUGCAGGAGAAGAACCAUGCCCUGCAAGACCAGGUUGCUCAGUUAACUGAUAAGCUGAAAAAUCAAAUGGAGAGUCAUAACCAAGCACAAGAGAAUUUACACAAGCAAAUGCAGGAGCAGAAAUCACAACUGCAUGCUGCUGAAGACAGAGCCCGCUCCCUUGAAUCUACCAUUAGUGAACUCACCAAUCAACUUGCUGAAACCAAGGAGAAGAUGGCUCAACUUGACUUACAGGUGAAGGGAAAAACAGAGCUGCUGCUGUCUGCAGAAGCAUCCAAAACUGCACAAAGAGCUGACCUGGAAAACCAUUUGGAAACCGCCAAACAUGCCCUUCAGGAUAAAGAGCAGGAGCUGACCAAGGCCCAGGGCCAGCUGGAUCAGACUGCAGCCAAACUCAUUGAGAAGACCGAGUAUUGCACUCAACUGGACAAUAGCCUUAAAGAGUACAAGGAGAAGCAACUGAUCUCUGAGCAGAAAGUAGAACAACUGGAAACACAAAUUAAGAAACUAGAAUCUGAAAUCAAAGAGGCCCGAGAUGACCGAAAUCAGCUCCAAAAACAGCACUCUGCUCAAGAGAGCCAAAUCAAAGAACUGAACCAACAGCUCAAGGCCGAGAAGGAGAUGGUUUGUGGUGUAAAGCAGGAACUACAGGAGAAAUCAAAGGCCCUGGACAAGACAAGGAAACAGGCGCUGGAGUAUGAGAAAGAGCAAGCUCAGCUGGGCCAGGGGCUCGAGCGGCUGAAGGAGGAUGCAAAGAAUAAGGCAGAGAGUGAGAGCAGAAUGCAAAAGGAGCUUAUGGCACUCAGACUGGAGAAGGAGGCUUCAUCCAAGGAGCUGAUGGAAACCAAGGGCAGCUUCACCAAGACUUCGAGGGCCCUCGCAGAAACACGAGCAGAAUUGGAGAAAGAGCGUCAUUUGAUGAAAACUGCCCAUGAUGAAAAGGAAAAAUUGCACGAGCAGGUCAAACAAGAGUGGCAGAAGAAGUUUGAGAGCGCAACCAAUGAAGUGAAUGAACUGAAGAGUUUGGUGCAGAGGAAAGAGGAGGCUGAGAAGCAGCUGAAAGUAAGCACUGACGGACUAACAGCCCAAACGGUCAAACUGCAGGAAGGUUUGAAGGAGAAACAGAAAGCUGAACAGCAACUCCAGACAAAACUGAAACAAUCAAUGGAAUCUCAGGAGCAGCAAAAGAAGCAAUAUGAGGCCCAGAUAAAAGAUUUAAAAAUGGAACUUUCUCAAAAGGCUGACACAUUACCCAAACUGCAGCAGCAGGUGGCAGUGCUGAACGAGCAGCUGGCUGUGAAUGAAGGGAAGCUCUCGGAGCUGCAGAAGAAUUACCAAGCCUCUCAAACCAACUUGGCCAAGCUUCAGUCAGAUAUUUAUGGGAAAGAAUCAGAACUGUCAUCAACCAGACACGACCUGAAGGCUAAGGAGGAGAAGUUGUUCCUCGCUGAGGAGGAGCUGGUUACCAGCAGGAGUCAAGCCAGCAGCAAUUAUCAGAUGAUCCAAGAACUGAAACAAGCUAAGGCUUCACUGGAGACAGACCUGGCUUACAGAGAAACCAAAAUAAAGGACAAGGAGAAAGCUCUGCUGCAGGCAGAGAAAGAAAAGACUUUGAAAGAAGAGGAAUUGGCAAAAGAAAAGCUUAGAAAUGAUGAGCUUCAAGGUGCCAAGAUGUCUCUGGAAAAAGAAUUGAACAAACUUACUGAGGACUCAAGAAUCUGCAAACAGGAUUAUGCGAAGGAGUUGACGGGGUUGAAAGAGGCCAAGCAGUUGCUGAUUCAGCAGAAGCUGGAGCUUCAAGCGAACACAGACAGCGUGAAGUCAAUGGUGGAGCAGGAGAGGAGCGACCAUCAGCUCACCAAGAAUAAACUUAGUGAGGCACAAGUGGACAUGAAGAAACAAUGUGCAGAAUUGGAAGCCAAACUGCAGGUUGAGCUGAAGGAUAAGGAAGGACAAAAUAAAGAGCACGAAGAGGCUGUGAUCAAACUCAACAUGCAGAUUACAGCACUGAAUGAAAACAUGGCCACGCUGAAGAAGGAGUGGCAGGGCAGUCAGCGGCGGGUCACUGAGCUGGAGAAGCAGACGGACGACCUCCGUGGAGAGAUUGCUGUGUUGGAAGCGACGGUGCAGCAUAACCAGGAGGAGAGGAGAGCCCUGUUGGAAAGGUGCCUCAAGAGUGAAGGAGAGACGGAAAAAUUGCAGGCGAAGGUGGUGGACCUGAGACGGAAGCUGGAUGAUACAACAGCUGCUAUGCAGGAGUUGGGGAGAGAGAACCAAGCUCUCCAGAUUAAACACACACAAGCACUAAAUAGGAAAUGGACUGAAGAUACCGAUGUGAUGAAUUGUAUGGCCUGUGGAAAAGGGUUUUCAGUCACUGUAAGGAAGCAUCACUGUAGGAACUGUGGAAACAUUUUCUGUGCCGACUGUUCUGCCCGGAAUGCCUUAACCCCAUCCUCAAAGAAGCCUGUGCGAGUCUGCAACACUUGUUUCGAAGAGCUGCAGGGAUGAGUUGUCCCAGCCUUUUGCCUGCAACUAGGAACCUAUAACUAUUCUUCGUAUUCUCCCACUCGUUUUGUAUUUUAUAAGGAGACUGUAUGUUGAAAGUGUAAUAAAUCCUGGCCACUAUAUUUUAGUUGCUGUCAAUGGGAGCGUGUUGAUGUGUUCAGCAGCUCGUUCCCAACCUCUGCACCAGCUGGGGUCCUUGAUUCAACUUCAGACCAGAGAAAUGGAAGCUUCUGAAAUUGGGCGUCAGUGAGGCAUCGGAGAGGAUCCCUCGCCUGUUAUAGAAACCGCCCAAUUUUAACCUGCUGACUUCAAAGCGAAUGGAAAUUGGGCGGGUUCAGUAAUAGGCAGUUGAUCUCCAUCAGAAGCUGAAAGUUCCUUUCCUCCAAGUUCAACUCGGUUAAUUCCUUCACUGGACUGAAGGCCACCAGACUUAACCUUAAAAAAAUUUGUUGGGGGUUCUUCACUCCACUGAGAUAUAUCUGAGACAGAAUAAUCUUAAACACUAGGGCAGCCUGGUAGAGUUUUGUAAAGUUUUGAGUGAAGCACUUUGAUUCUGUAUGCCCAGAAUUCCCAUUAAAUCCCUUUGGAAAUUGUGCAAUGCUAAGAACCCUUCAUCAGCUUUCACUAUGCAGAAGGAAGGUUAAAACUUUAAUUAUAAUAUCUGGCAAAUAGCAUCUCCGUCCCACACUGCUGCUUUUUAAGGUGGUUGUUUUCUUCAAGCUAUUGAUGCCAAUUGGUUUUCCAUAGUUAAUACCCCUCCUUUUCAUCAUCUGUUUUCUCUUUCCAUUGUUAUGCAAAUAGUCGAUCAAUGCUAAGGAUUAGAGUGAAGAUGAUCGCGGUAGUGGGUGGGUUGUGGGUAGACUGGCACUGCACUUUUUUCACCUGAAUUCAUCCCUGAAAACUGUCCAAGUAACUGCACCCCCUCCCACUUGGAUUGCAGCAGGUUGGAGACCAUUUUGUACACAGCAGUCUCAUGUGUUGCUCAACCGUGUGUGGCUGCCCUUGUGGUGCCUCCAAGCUGUGGUUAAACAGAACAGGAAGCUGCUUUCUCCUGGUUGCCGAUCCCGGCACAGAGACCUUCACACUGGCUGCUGCGGGAAUGGCCUGACCCCAAGUCUCCUCUUCCUCCAUCCUUGCUGCAACUCUCCACCUCUUCACGCCACUGCUGAGAUUAGAAGACCACUAUAAAGAUUUCUUGUGUGUCAAUUGGCCUCUUGUUUUAUGAUAAAAAUUGCUGCCUGAAAUCCAGCUCAUGCUGCUUUCUCUGGACUUCCCUCUUCGAGUUAUUGUCACUUGACAGAGAACUGGGAAGGAGGAAGGCUGAAAUACUAAAACAUAAGCCAAAUGCUGCCUGCUUUAUAUUUUCCUGUAUAGAUUAACUGCAGCCUACAUACACAAACAAAUCCAAUUAUUUCUUUUACUAAUAUAUCCACCACCCCCCAAUGCAAACUAGAUUAGGGGGGCAUUUCACCAGGAUCUGAUCUGUACAUGUGGCCAAAAUAAGCCUGUGCUAAAUCCACAUGACCCUUCCACUGGGUUAAUGCGGGUGACAGUGUCAUGAGUGAGAUUGCUGUACACAGUCCCAAUGCUGCACUCACUCACUGCUUCAUUUAGCUGAUUCCUCCAUUAUAAAACACUAGUGCUAGCUGUGGGUAUGAGCUUGAAAGGUUUGUUGUGUCAAUCACACUGAUGCUUGAUGGUGAAGAGCAAGGAGCUGAUUUCUUGCAUCUGAUGGUGCCUGCAUGAAAUGUCAAUAGUGGAAACUAGUUGCUUUCAUGCUUAUUGUUUAAAAAGAAUGAUGUGAAUAAUAGAAUUGUGUACAAAAAUUGUAUUAAUUUCCAUAUUAUCAUGUGAAACUAUGUAUAGAUAUUCAAAGGUUUAAUUCUCGAUAUUGAAUGAAGAUUAUGUAUUCUGUUUAUAGCAAAAUGUUAAUUUGAACAGUGAAGCAACUUCCACAGUUAAAUUUUUGUUUAUUAAAA